GGACUGUUUGCUUUGUUUGAAGCAGAGCAUACACUUCACCAUUUCAUCUUUGCCUGGCCACCGCCAUGACAUCCCUGCUGCCGUUGCUGUUAUUGCUGCUUUUUGUGGUUCUGAGCCUAGAGGAACCAUUCCUGGGUAUCCCACACAGACCACCCAAGAGGGAGCAUGAAGAAAUGCCAUCCAAUGAGGAGCCCUGCCACUUCCCUUUUCGCUAUCAGCGUAAAAUGCACUAUUCCUGCAUCCCGGUUAGUUUUAUUAAUCCUCGGCACUGGUGUGCUACCACAGAGAACUAUGACCGAGACCAAAAAUGGAGGUACUGCAGGAAAGACGAAAGGCCAGUAGGUGAGAAAACUAUGGAAGCUAAGAUUAUCACACACAGAUGGGAUAAGGAUGGGAUCACUCUCCCAUCCUUAUCCCGUCUUUACCACAAUCAGAUGUGCUACAGUGGAAAUGGGCAUCUGUAUCGAGGAACAGCCCAGAACAGUGCUUCAGGGGCAUCCUGUGUGCCCUGGGACUCUCCCUUCCUGCAUUUUGAAUUCUCAAGCCAGUCGUCCAAUGCUGACAGUCUGGGCCUGGGGGCACAUCCCUUCUGCAGAAACCCGGAUAAUGACAGCCAGCCAUGGUGUUAUGUGCUGCAUAACAUGCAGCUUACCUGGGAAUUCUGCAAUGUCACCCAGUGCCUUCCCGAAAGAGUAGGUGACAUGGUCCAAUUGCAAGAAAGAGAACCGACAGAGUCAGAGCAGAAAUCCCCGAAUGAGACUGUUGGCAGUGGCACUAUGUUGUCGGAGUCAAUCAACUUCACUCCGGUUUGUGGGCAGCGCUAUACAAAGACUGCUUCUUCAAACAAACGUAUUGUGGGGGGCAUGGUGGCACUUCCUGGUUCUCACCCUUACAUGGCUGCCUUGUACAUCGGGGAUCAGUUCUGUGGAGGAAGCCUUAUCGCUUCUUGCUGGAUCCUGACUGCUGCACAUUGUCUGGAGUUCAGGCCAGAUGUGUCCAAGAUUUCUGUGGUGUUGGGCCAGACCCUCUACAACACCAGCACCGAAGGGUCCAUGAAGCUCCACGUCCAGGCUUAUCAACUGCAUGAGAAUUAUUCUGUGCUUACCAAGCAGCAUGACAUCGCACUGGUGCAAUUGAAGGAAAAGAUGUCAGGGCGCUGUGCUGAGUUUUCACACUCCAUUUCACCCAUCUGCCUGCCCAGUUCCAUGAAAUCUGUGUUUGACACCAAUAAGCAGUGCCAGAUCGCAGGAUGGGGACAUAUGUAUGAAGGGGCAGACAAACUCUCUUUGUACCUCCAGGAAGCCGAUAUCCCCAUCAUUCCUCAAGAACAAUGCUAUUCUCGGGAGAUACAUGGGAAUCGCAUAACACAAGGCAUGCUUUGUGCUGGAUACCUGGAUGGAAGAGCUGAUGCCUGUCAGGGAGAUUCUGGUGGGCCUCUGGUGUGCGAGGAGCAGAACAAGGCCACAGUGCAUGGCAUUGUCAGCUGGGGUACAGGCUGUGCACAGGAGAAUAAGCCUGGGGUCUACACCAAUGUUGCUCACUACAUUGACUGGAUUCAAAGCAACAUGCAUUAACAAUCUUGAGGGUAUGAUUCCACUUCAGUCAAGCCCUAAAAUCUAUGCCGGUAUCUUUUUUCUCCAGCCAUUAUUGAUCAUCUCUUACUGGCAUGUACGUAAGUGAUCUGAAUUGACUAGACACACUACUGAUAAUUACAGAACCAAAACUAAAUAAAGAAAUCUGAGUUA